AUGGCUCGGUUCACCUCGUUAUCGUUAUCGCCAGCCGAUCUGGUCGGCGCCAUCGCCAACUCACCACCCGAACUAGACGGGUCCGAGUACCUCCGUGAGGUUUUUGGGAUAACAACCGAAGAUGCCACCGCUACCGAGGCCGAGAUCGAGCAGAGCUUAACAGCAAAGGCUUCAAGUCUGGGAAUCGAUGUCUCGAACCUCACCGACAAGACCUUGAACGCCACAUCAGCACGAAGCAGCACCCUCGUUAGGGCUCAUCAGCGUUCCAACACGACAUGCUCGGUGGACAGCACAAUAGGCACGGAAACGGCCACGGCCACGGGCACCGAUAAUGAUAUGGCCUCGAACUCGUCGGCGGCAAUGCCGGCAACUCUCACACAAUCUACGAGCAGGAAGAGGUCCAACACUGUCAACUUUUCUCACUAUGAGAAGUACUUGACCCAGCUGGAACCCGCCCUCCACCAGCCAAAGUUCUCCAACCCGGCAGCGCCCACAAGGCGGCCAUCGCACAGUAUAUUUGGCUUCGGGCAUUUCAAGGGCGUCAGGGAGCUCAGGCGCGGUCUCACGGGCAGGUUGAAGAGGAGGAAGACGCACCCGGCGCUAUCAGUCGUCACAUGUAUAUGUUGUCGUGAGGACUUUGUCCAAGAGAACCACCUCCUCCAAACGCUACCAUGCGGCCACACCUACUGCCAAAGCUGUCUAGCAGUCAUGAUCAACCAAUCCACCACCGACGAGUCCAAGAUGCCUCCCCGGUGCUGCACCCAGCCCAUCCCCAGCUCCAUCAUCAAGACGAUCCUCACGCGCGAGGAGCAGCAAGCCUUCCUCAAGGCCGUCCUGCAGUACAGCACGCCCUGGGAAUCGCGCAUCUUCUGCCCGAACCCAGCCUGUGGGGAAUUCAUUCCGCCGCGAGCCAAGCUUGACCCAAAGCACCCGUUCGAAACCAUGUGCAAGACGUGCAAGAUGCGCGUCUGCCUCACUUGCAAGCGCAGCGCGCACCGGCUAGGGCAGGACUGUCCCGAGGACAUCGAGCUGGAGACGGUGCUCAAGAUGGGCGAGAAGUCCGGGUGGCGGAGAUGCUACAAGUGUCGCAACCUGGUUGAGCUGACGCAGGGGUGCACGCACAUGACGUGUCGGUGCAAGGCGCAGUUCUGCUACAUCUGCGGUGCGGUCUGGGACCCCGUGGUCGGGUGUCCCAACUUCUGCAACGGCGAGGAGGAGCUCGAGCGGCGCAGGAUAGAGGAGGAGGCGCGUCUGGCGGAGCUUGAACUCAAAAAGAGGGAGCAGGAGGAGGCGGAUGCGGCGGAACAGCGAGCCCAACAAGCAGCGGAGCGGAGGACGAGGGAAAGCGCCGAUUUUCAGGCGCUAAGGAAACAGCAAGACGACGAAAUGUCGCGGUUUUUGGCGUACGAAGCCAGGAUGCGCAAAGAGAUGCGGACACGACAGUCGGAGAAGAAGCAGGCGCUUUUGGAAAAGUACGCGGAGCUGAUAGACAAGAUGAAAGAGCGCCACGCGAAAACGGAGCAGCACCUCGAGGACCGACAGAUCGAAGCCGAGAUCGAACUGCGCUCGACGCUAGACGCGUCCGAACGGAGCAUCAGGAUCCAGCUCAAGUACAUGGAGGCGUACUGCAAGAAGCUUUCGCAUCAGGUCGUCGAGGAGGAGCAGGACCACAUAAACGAGAAAGAGGACGCAAAGAUGCCUUCCAGAGAAGUCACGCAGAAACACCUCGACCAGCUCAGCGAACAGUACCGCAUCCGCGACGGCAUGGAGAGGCGACAUCAGGCGCAGAUCAACGUGCUGCGCGAGAAGCAGGGGAAGAAGAUGGAGCAGCUUCUUGACCGACAUGAGGACGAGAUGGAGGCGCUGCUGCAUAAGAAAUCGGAGGAAAUCGAGGACCUCGCUGUCGAGUUCGCCAACGAGGCAGAUGCGAUUUCUCACACUUUUGCUGAGAGGAAGGCUAAGCUCCAGAAGAGGUGGCUGGUUAGCAGCGAGAUUCUCAGGGUCGAGCAGGAGAAGAAGAGCGGGAUGCGGUAUGCAACACUGCCUCUACCACAAUGGCCUGUUGUGGUCGAAAGCGAGGGCGCAGAGGUAGAGACAGAGACAGAAAAUGAAACCGAAGAAGAGGAGACAACAGUCGCCACUGCUCAGGCAGAGGAGGAGGAGGAGGAGGAGGAGGACCAACAACAGAUCAUCGAAUUCGAACUCGAACAAACCGAAGCUGAAUCUGAAGCGACGAAGCAGGAGGAGGAGAGACCCGCCGACUGGCCACUAACCAACAAUAUCAAGACCACCGAGAUCGAACUACCGAUAACACCCAAGACGGUGACGCCGAUGGUUACCCCGACACAAUCGCGGUUUGACGCCGAGUUGCCCCGAUAUAGGUCGCGAACGCAGAUGCACACGGUGGCUCCCAGGGAAGAGUCACCGGUUUCGCCGUGUACUGUCCGUUGA